CACCGUACAAGUUCGCAGUCAUGGCUCUUGCCUUGAUAUCACUACUGGGCCUCCUCCAAAUCCCUGCAACACAAGCUGUCGAUACUCUGCAUAUUGGCACUACGUCUGGCCCAGUACAAGGUGCCAUAGAUUCCAGGACCCCAAAUGUAGCCCACUUCCUCGGCGUUCCGUUUGCUGAACCACCGCUUGGAAAGCGACGCUGGCUUCCACCAUCGCCAAAGUCCAGACAGAAUGCUACAAUUGACGCGACAACAUUCGGCCCUGCAUGCGCACAGUUUCAACCCAGCGCGCCGAGUCUCUGGAACCUAGAUGCGCCGGAGUUCCUUAUCCAGCCCGAGAACUUCUAUGGAGAGGAUUGCUUGGCAGUCAACGUCUGGACGCCAUUCAAGGAGAAGAACAACGGAACGUCGCAAGUGGAAGAUUGCGAAGAGGCCCUUCCUGUCAUUGCGUGGAUCCACGGCGGAAGUUUCCGCACGGGCGGUGCCACAGUGCCAUACCAGAACCCAAGUCCUUGGGUGGAGAGAAGUGGAAAGCACAUCGUUGUUGGAAUCAACUAUCGUCUCAAUAUCUUUGGUUUUCCAAAUGCCGCAGGUCUACCAGAUGAUGAGCAGAAUCUCGGCUUUCUGGACCAGCGUCUGGCGUUGGAAUGGAUUCGUGAUAACAUCGCCAGCUUCGGCGGUGACCCAAAGCGUAUCACACUAUGGGGCCAGUCCGCAGGAGCAGCAUCAGCCGACAACUACAACUUAGCGUACCCAGAAGACCCCAUCAUUUCCGGCCUGAUCAUGAACUCUGGGGUUGCACAAUUGCCCCUCGCCACCACCGACCUCCAACGGACAAACUUCACCUACCUUGCCGAGCACUUUGGAUGCAGAGACACCGACGCAGCCGAGCAAGUCGACUGUCUCCGCGACAUCAACUCCACAGACAUCAUCCACUUCCUCCAACAGCGUGGCGACAACGGCACCACCCCGGCCCUAGACUUCCUGCCCGUCUUCGACGAGCGCACAAAGUUCACAAACGUCUCGGCGCGCCUCAGAGCAGGAAACUUCACCCACAAACCCGCCAUAAUCGGCACCACCACCAACGAAGGCGCCGUCUUCCUAAACUACAACCAGACAUUCGGCGGCGACCAGGCCGUAGCCGACUCCGCCACGCUCUUCAACUUCCUUUGCCCCGCCGUCGCCACAACAACCGAUCGCUACGCGGCCAACGCAACGACAUUCCGCUACCUCUACGGCGGAAACUUCAGCAAUAUUGCUCCGCAGUUCUGGGAAGGCGCUUACCAUAUCUCCGAUCUGCCGCUCAUCUUCGGCACCCACGACAUUGCUCGCGGUAACUCGACGCCCUUUGAGGUUGCUGUCAGUGAGAAGAUGCAGGAUUUCUGGUUGGCGUUUGCGGAGGAUUCUGUGAACGGGCUGCCAAAGGAGGGGUGGCAGGCGUAUGAGCCGCAGGGUGAUGCCGUGUUGAUCGGGUAUAAAAACGACGCUGUGCAGGAUAUUCAAGAGGCUCGAUUGGCGAGGCCGUGUAAUGGGUUGGUGCCGAACGGAUUGCCUAAUCCACCGAACAAGCGAACCAUUUCGAAGCGACGAGUCUAGAAAGUUGUAGUUUAUUUAGAUGUAUU